UUUUAAUUUUUUUUUUGUAUGGCGCUUUCCUAAUUUGUCAUUGUUCGCGCUAACGCAGUGUCUUCCAUUCCUCAUCUCUUUUGCCCUGGCAGGGUCUCUCUUCAGAUUCUGAGAUUCAGAUUCAGAUAGAUAUGGCAGAAGGAGGAAGUGGAUUGCCGGCGACACCUUAUGAGGAAGCGCUGGAUGCUUUGUCUUCUCUUAUCACGAAACGAAGACGAGCAGAUAAGAACAACAAUGGGGAUUGCUUCGAACUGCUUCACGAUUACUUGAUGAUGUUGGAGCUGGACGAGCAGAUUUCACAAAUGAAGGUCAUUCAUGUAGCAGGGACCAAAGGAAAGGGAUCCACAUGCGUCUUCACGGAGUCUAUAUUGCGCCAUUGUGGAUUUCGGACUGGGCUUUUCACUUCUCCUCACCUCAUUGAUGUCCGAGAAAGAUUUCGCUUGGAUGGCAUUGACAUCUGCGAGGAGAAAUUUUUGGCCUACUUUUGGUGGUGCUACGAUAGGCUGAAGGAAAGGACAAACGACGAUGUACCAAUGCCUACUUACUUUCGAUUUCUUGCCUUACUUGCCUUCAAGAUAUUUGCUGCUGAGCAGGUAGAUGUGGCUAUCUUGGAGGUUGGUUUGGGUGGAAAGUUCGAUGCAACAAAUGUGGUUCGGGCACCUAUUGUUUGUGGUAUAUCUUCCUUGGGGUAUGACCACAUGGAAAUUCUCGGAAAUACCCUUGGAGAAAUUGCUGGGGAAAAAGCUGGCAUUUUUAAGCAAGGAGUCCCAGCCUUCACUGUUCCUCAGCCUGAUGAAGCCAUGCGAGUACUUGAAGAAAAGGCUUCUCGGCUUGACGUUCGUCUUCAAGUAGCAGCACCAAUGGAUGCAGACUUGCUGAAUGGUCCAAAACUCGGUCUUGAAGGCGAGCACCAGUAUUUAAAUGCUGGUCUUGCUAUUGCACUAUCUUUCACAUGGCUUCAGAGGACAGGUCAUCUUCAUAUCAGUUAUCACGAUCAGACUAACUCACUGCCCGAGCAGUUUAUCAAAGGGCUAACAAUGAUCAAUUUGCAAGGACGAGCUCAGAUUGUUCCUGACAGGGACAUUGACAUGGAAAGGCCUGGAGAUCUGGUGUUUUAUCUGGAUGGAGCUCAUAGUCCAGAAAGCAUGGAAGCAUGUGGAAGAUGGUUCUCUCUUGCCAUUAGAGAACCUGACCGGAAACAACAGAUUUUAAAUUAUAGGUCAAAGGACAAUUCUGGAUCUGCACCUGAAUCAGUAGAGGGGCUUCAUAAAGAAAGAUCUAGCGACUCCACUCAGAUACUUUUGUUCAAUUGUAUGUCUGUGAGGGAUCCUCAGUUGCUUCUUCCGCACCUGAUGCAAACAUGUGCUAGUCAUGGUGUAUAUUUCAAGAAGGCGCUCUUUGUGCCAAAUACAUCUGUGUAUUACAAAGUUGGAUCCCAUGCUUCCCCACCAACUGAUUCUCAAGUUGAUUUGUCCUGGCAGUUCACUCUUCAAAGAGUGUGGGAAAGCCUCAUGCAAACAGAUAAAGGAGGGGAGGCUCAUAAUACAGAUGCCUUUGUUGAAGAAGUUAAAGAUGAUGAAGAAAUGAGUCUAAGGAUUUGCGAACAUAGCACUGUCUUCCCUUCUCUCCAGUUGGCUAUUAAAUGGCUCAGGGAUAGUGUCCAACAAAAUCAAGCAGCACGUUUUCAGGUCCUUGUUACUGGUUCUUUGCAUCUUGUGGGCGAUGUGUUGAGAUUGGUCAAGAAGUGAGACAUUUUUAUGAAGAUAAACUCUCGUUGUCAUGCACUUUAGCCUCCAAGAGGCUGUUAUUCAUGCAAGCUGGACAAAAUUAAUGUGGGCAGCGUCAUUGUUGUCAAGUGAAUUCUCCCUUUGUGAAGUGCCUGGCAUUGUACCAUCUGUCGACAAAGGUGUCAUCAAUUCAUGAAAGUGUUUUUGGCCCUUUGAGGACGAGCUACUAAUUGCACUGGAAAAUGCUGUUUGUUUCUGUAAGAAAUAGAAAUUUUGAAGUUGCAACAAAAAUUUCAUUUAAAGUUGGCUGGAUCUGCCACUGCAGAGAAAUAGAAAGUUGAUUCUUUUUUUUUUUCCCUCCUUUUCUGCUCUUGAUUCUUUAUCUUGAAUAGACAAUCAACUAGAGUGGCUUGCUUAUUCGUAAUAUAUGGGAGGAUGUUUUGGUGUGCUA